GGAACAAACACUUCCUCCACCGCAUCCGCGAUGGGAUACGCCUCUCCUCUUGCUUUCUUCUUCUCCUCUGCCGUUCUCUUCCUCGCUUCCUUCCCCGGCCUCGUCCCUAUCGGCAUCGCCCAGCCCGACUUCUACGACCCCAAACGUGUCACCCAGAUCUCUUGGCGUCCCAGGAUCUUCCUGUACAAGGGGUUUCUUUCUGACGAGGAAUGUGAUCACAUCAUCAAAUUGGCGAGGAGCAAGAUGGCGAGAUCGAUGGUGGCGGACAACGGCUCCGGCAACAGCGUCAAGAGCAACGUGCGGACGAGCUCCGGCAUGUUCCUCCAGAAGCACCAGGAUGAGGUAAUCGCAAGAAUCGAGAGCAGAAUUGCGGCAUGGACCUUUCUUCCAGAGGAGAACGGUGAAUCCAUUCAAGUACUGCGCUACCAGGAUGGUCAAAAGUAUGAACCUCAUUAUGACUAUUUUCGUGAUCCAAAGAAUCAAGCACGAGGAGGACAUCGAUAUGCUACAGUGCUAAUGUAUCUUUCUACUGUGAAAAAGGGUGGGGAGACUGUUUUUCCAAAUGCAGAGGGUGCUUCAUCUCAGCAUAAAGAUGAAACCUGGUCCGAGUGUGCAAGAAAUGGCCUUGCAGUGAAACCUCACAAGGGUGAUGCUGUACUCUUCUUCAGUCUUCACAUCGAUGGCACAACAGAUCCAGCCAGUUUACAUGGAAGCUGCCCUGUCAUAGAAGGCGAGAAGUGGUCAGCACCAAAAUGGAUCCAUGUCAGGUCCUUUGAGGAUCCACAGAGGACAAGCACAAGAGGGGAUUGCUCGGAUGCAAGCGAGUUUUGUCCUCGAUGGGCUGCUGCAGGAGAGUGCGAAAAGAAUCCCCUCUACAUGAUCGGAAACAAUGAGACUGCUGGGAAUUGUCGCAAGAGUUGUAUGGUAUGUGACAUGUAGGCCAUUCGUCCAUUAUAGUGGCUUAUUCUCGAUCUAUCCUUAGUCAGUGAGGUGCACAUAGAAUUUGAGCGUUGUGAUAGCAGAUUAGUAAGUCUUUUUGUUUGCAAGAGAGAUGAGAGGAGAAUGAUAUUUCAAACAAAUUAUUAUGAGAUUGUGUCCCUAACUUUUGAAAGUGCUUUUACGAA